CCGUCAGCCCGCCCGGGCGAAAGGUGUUCGUACUACGUAGCACCACGUACACCUACACGCGCAGUAGUAGGACACAUGUACGAAGUACGGUUACUACUAGUCCUACAUGUCGGUUCAGGUCACCAGGGGGGGGACGACGCUGCCAUCCUGUCAAGAUGCAAAGAAGAGGAACUAAUGUAUGCACGCGCUUCCUUGGGUCCGGUCUGCGUCUUGCUCGCUUCCUGCCAGCUGCAUCGACACGGGACAGUACCAGAGUCCAGACCACCGCCGCCGCUGCCAUGCCCUGUCCCCCAACCUAACACCCCUGACGAUUCCUCCUGCACCUGCACCUGCGCCUGCUCCUCCUGCAUCUUGCUCCUUCUGCUGCUGCUGCUGCCCCCCGCAUACGAUGCCACGCGACGAUGUGUUACAGCUGGCGUUGCAUUGCAGGAGAACCGGACGAACUGGUCGAAGAUUGCCUCUUUUCCCUCCCCCCAGUCCUUCGGCCUGUUCGCUGCCUCGACCGUAAUCGGCUUCCCGGUCAGCCUGCGCCUCUCUCUGUUUCUGUGUCUCUCGCCCCUAUCCCUUGAACAGUGCAAAAGCCUCCCUCUGGUUCACUUGCAGGGAUCUCGUCCACGGAGAGUGCUGCUUAUCACCUGUACUUUCGCUGCCACAUAAAACUCGCGGUUAGAAAAGUACUUUUGAUCUGUCUCGUAACAUUCUGUUUCAUUCAAUCUUGGACACGCGCCUAGCACGAAUGCCUCGGUAGCCGACGAGCAUUACCUGCGAGAGCAGCGCGUUAUCUGGGCGAGGCCUCAGCAGUAACACUGUUCGAUUACUUUUCUGACACGCCCACUUUUUUGUCUCAUUGUGCGCGGCGCCUGCCGCCUUUUCGCUUGGGCGGCCCGUUCCCAAAAAUAAGAAAGCGGAGCGGGCGCCGCCCACGGAUCCGCCCGACUUCCGCCCUUCCGCCCCGCCCCGCCCCGUCGCGCGUCCUCGUUGCCCCGUCAACGAUCGGCGGCGCGUAAACAUGCAUUCACAGGUUGAAUUGGCGGGUCCUUCCUUGUCCCUCCACCACGCGGGCACGCACGCACGCCUGCGGCCCCUCGCUCCCUUGUUGACGAUCAUCACACAGCCAGCAGCGCAGCCAUUGCUUUUUGCCAAACCGCCCCCCUUCCGGCCCGGUGACGACCGGUUCCACCGUGUUGACCUUCUUUUUUUUUUUCCCAACCUGCACCGACGCCUGAUUGUCUCAUUGUCGCAGUAGUAGUAGUUCUUCCUGCGCCCCUUUUCGCCCCUUUCUGCAUCUGCAUCUGCACAUCAUCGCUGCAUACCGUGCCCUCUUUUGGCUGCUACUGCUGCUGCGAAUGACUCGCAUUUGCGUCUGAUCGCUAUCGCAACAGUGACAGAGAGAGAGAGAAAGAAGACUGAGAGACAGCUCCCGCGUGCUGCGCGUCCGGGCCCCGCCCUUCGACGAGACUGCAACAUCCAUCCGUACAGACAAACAACUCCUUCGUCUGCGCACGCCAUGGACGCCCACGGCAAGUCGACCAUGUCCGCCGCGUCAUCCUCGUCGACAUCAUCGCCCUCGGCGUCGCAUAACCUCUUCGAGGUCUACCUGCGCCUACGUCCGCCCCCCGCGGGCGCCACGGCAGCAGCGCUCGCAGACGAUCGCAUCUUGAACGUCGAGAAGCCAGACGAUGACGACGACGAUGGCGAGAGCGCACCAAACACCCGAGGCGCGGCGGCCGCGCGGCGCGGUCGGCCGUCACACAUCACGCUCAACCCCCCGACGGACCGGCGGCGCGCCAUCGAAAAGUUUGCCUUUACGCGCGUGUUCGAGGAGGACGCGACCCAGCUCGACGUCUUCCACUGCGCAGAGAUUGCCUCCCUGGCCGAGGGCGUGCUCGCGCCCCAGGGCGGAGAGGGCACCGACGCCGUCGUCGCGACGCUCGGCGUCACGGGCUCUGGAAAGACGCACACCAUCCUCGGCUCAAAACACCAGCGCGGCCUGACGCAGCUCGCCCUAGACGUCCUGUUCCGCUCCAUCGGCCCCAACAUGCUCGCCGCCGCCGACCUGCCGGCUGUGCUCGAGUCGCUGCAAGCCUGCGACCCGUCCGAGUCGGCGCUCAGCACUGCGCCGCAGUUUCUCGAGUCGACGUAUGCCGACAACAACAGCAACAACAACCUCGGACACUCGCGGACGGGGUCGCGCGCCGGCACCCCCAUGAUUGGCGAACACGGCGUCUCCUCGCCGCCUCCGAAGCGUCACCUCCAACAACCCUCGAUGCUCCCGCAGUCCCCCGACGUCAGCGGCGUGCACAUCUCGUGCGACCCGUCGGCCGAGUACGUCAUCGUGGUGUCCAUGUACGAAGUCCACAACGACCGCAUCUACGACCUCCUCACGCCGCCCAUCAAGUCCGUCGCCACCAAGGACAUGCGCCGGCGGCCCCUGCUCUUCAAGUCGACGGAGCUCUCACCCGACCGCAAGGUGGUGGCCGGCCUGCGCAAGGUGGUGUGCACGAGCUUCCGGGACGCCAUCCUGGUGCUCGAGGCCGGGCUCAUGGAGCGCAGGGUCACGGGCACGGGCAGCAAUAGCGUGUCGAGCCGCAGCCACGGCUUCUUUUGCUUCGACGUCAAGAAGCGCGCGCGCAGUCGCAGGCCAGGUGGUGGUAGCGGCGGCGGCUACUGGGGUGGCAGCAAGCUCACCAUCGUCGACCUGGCCGGCAGCGAGCGGGCCAGGGAGGCCAAGACGCAGGGCGCCACGCUGGUCGAGGCGGGCAAGAUCAACGAGAGCCUCAUGUAUCUCGGACAGUGUCUGCAGACGCAGAGUGAGGCGGGCACAUCCUCCAAGCCCAACGUUGUCCCUUACAGGCAGUGCAAGCUUACCGAGCUCCUCUUUUCCAACUCAUUUCCGUCUUCGUCGUCGUCGUCAACUCACCCCCAAGGCCCGCGGCGCAGUCCUCAGCGCGGCGUCAUGAUUGUUACGGCCGACCCGCGAGGCGACUUUAAUGCCACGUCUCAGAUCCUCCGAUACAGCGCCCUCGCUCGCGAAGUGACGGUACCGCGCAUCCCGUCCAUUACCGCCACGAUCCUGGCCACGUCGCCGCCUCUGGGCAACAGCCUGGCGUCGAGCACGACGCAGCAGCAGCAUCAGCAACAACAGCAUCACCACCACCCGCGGCCGUUCAUGCCCCCCGGCGGUCACCACGCGGGCGCGGGCGCGACGCAUCGAAACCACACGCCGCCGAUGAACGCCGAUGAGCGGGCGACCAUGGAGAUUGCGGCGCUGGAGAUUGCGCGCAUGAGCGACGAGAUCGACCAGCUGAGGGACGAGGUAGAGAGGCAGACGGAGGCGAGGAACGUGGCCGAGGCGCACCUCCUCAGCAUGGAGGACCGCCUGCUGGACCUCGAGGCCGCCAUCCGCGACGAGUGCGCGACCGAGUUCGAGCAGCGGCUCGCGGUCGAGCUGGCGCGCUUCAAGGCCUCCCUCGCGCUGGAGCACGAGCGCAGCGAAGAGCAUUGGGACCGCAAGGUGGACGUCCUGGAGCGCGGGCUCGACGACACUCACCACCAUCACCAGCAGCAGCAACAUCCCGUCGCCUACGUGGACCUCGACAGUGACGGCGACAAGGAGAACGUGCUGGUCGAGGACCUGGCGCAGGAGGUGGAGCGCCUGCGCAGGGACAAUGCCGUGCUCAAGAGGGAGCUCGCGGGGAGGACGCCGUGCCGUCGCGCGCCCCUCGCCGAGAGGGAGGACGUUUCCUCAUCCCAGCACGGCGGCAGCAACAAUAACUCGCCCGUGGGGAGCCUGGGCCGCAGGCUGGAGAGGAUGCGCGUCGGGAGCCCGGCGGUGGCGGACGCGCAGCUCCAGCAGCGUGCGAGGGACGUGAGCAGCGGGAGCCCGACCAAGAAGGUGAGGAGGCUGGCGGCGAAGCGGUGGGAGGAGGUUGACGAUCAGUGAGACUCUUUUCGUCCAGGCAUUUGCCUAUGCGGCUUCCUCCCUGCCCCCGGGAGAUGACGCUGGCGUGGAGAUGGUUAGUCUGUACGAGUGAGUGCGUGGCGUGUGGAAGGACAGAGAGAGCCUGGUCUGGUGGAGGCAUCAAAAAGACGGAGAUAAAGUGCCGCUGGGGGGUUGGACAUAUACCCGGGUCUAAUUGCGAGCUUGCUUGUUUUGCUUGUUUUGAGUUGUUGGCAGGAUAUGAGUGUGUAACUAGCUAUGUUGUGUUCUGAUGGCGCUCAAUGGACUACGACGGCUCGGGAACGAGUCGCUGGUUGGUCCUACGUUGACUGCAUGCGAUCCCUACAGUAAGUUAGAUGAAAAACUGGAC